AUGGACCGGAUCAUGGCAGGCGAGCUGUUGGCAAAAGAAGACACGAAUUUUGAGAUCUGGACGGAUCCACGACAACGAUGGCGGCGCCGACAGAAGAAUAAAAACAAGCAAUAUCAGGAUCUACACGGAGGCGACGAGCAGCGCCAGCGACAAGAGGAAGAGGACUCGCACGUCGGACAUGUGCUGGGCCACAUGCGCGAAAACAAGGGCCGCAAAUUCCCCAAGUCGCCGCGACUGCGGGCCGGCAUGGCCGUCGAUAGUUGUCGUAUCUACGGGUCGCUCGAGGGCAAUAAAGUGCAGGGGGACUUCCACAUCACGGCCCGGGGCCACGGAUACAUGGAGUUCGGCAUGCAGCAGCACCUGGACCACUCGCGGUUCAACUUCUCGCACCACAUCAACGAACUGUCCUUUGGCCCACAUUACCCUGGUCUGCUGAAUCCGCUGGACAAGACUUCGGCCGUUACGACUGAUGUCCACUUCAUGCGAUAUCAGUAUUACCUAUCUAUCGUGCCUACCAUCUUUACCAAGCGUCGCGUGUCUACGAGUUCCGGGGCUCUCGAUCCCGCCGCCAUUCCUCAGCCUCCGACAUUAGAUCUCACGCCCAACGACCACCGCGACAAGGACGGCGUUGUCAGACACGUCCCCAACCCACAUGCUGGGAGGGACUCCAAGUCCGUCUUCACGAAUCAGUACGCCGCCACCUCCCAGAGCCGCGAGGUGCCCGGGAACACCGUGCCCGGCGUCUUCUUCAAAUAUGACAUUGAGCCUAUCUUGUUGAUCGUCAGUGAGCGCCGCUCCAGCUUCCUGGGUCUCAUCGUCAGACUCGUCAACGUCAUCAGUGGCGUCUUGGUCGCUGGCGGCUGGAUGUUUCAGAUUUCAGAGUGGGCUUAUGAGGUUUGGGGCCGGAGGAGGCAGAGGAGUACGGCGGGCAUGGGAGUCAUUAAUGGUGAUAUCAAUGGGGAUUUGGAUCGAAAAAGAUAG